AUGAAUCUCCCAAUAGAAAUUACACUGCGAAUUAUAGAUCAAUAUCCCUGCCAAAUAAGAACUCUUAACACAUAUUACCAUAGGCUAGUCAAUGAUAUUUACUAUUCCAAAUGUGAGCCCUAUCUAGUUCGAUUGUCUUAUGAAACUAAAAAUGCAUUAAUAUCAUAUGUGAGAAGUAUGGAUAGCUGGAGGAAGGAGAGUAGAAAGCUUCUAGCCACUGACCGCCUUCCACUUGGCAAUCAUGAAUAUCUCAAUGACUCUUGGUUCAUCAUAUACAAUAUCCUGAUAUGUGGUAUUGUAAAGCCAGUCAACUAUUGCAUUGCUAGUUCGGGAUCAAUACAAUUAAUCAGUCCUCUUUCACAUAAACUUUCAUUGUCUGUGGCCGCAAUACUACCCGGGAGUUAUACAGUUUAUGCCUAUUUCAAAAUACGGCAAAGAACCUCAUUAAGAUAUAUCCCAAAAGUUUGUACUGCAAUUGAUAAAAACCAUACACUUUCAGCACCUAUUAAUAUUCAUGAACUGAUAUAUUCUGAUUAUGGAGAUGAAGUUAAUGGCAUAUUCCUUGUCAGACUAGGCCAGCAUAAAGUGAGUGAGCUUGAUACACCUGCGAUAAUACUUGAGUCAUAUUUCGAAGAUACCCAUCUUCAGAACAAGAUUCUAGAAAACAAGGAGAUCGAGAUACUAGGAUACAAGCUCUGUUUAUUCAAGCAUGGAUCUGGUUUACUAGCAAGGAAAGUAUGCUUGUCAGAAGAAAUGAUCCCUUUUAAUUACUGGGAACAAAUAUACUGCUUAUCUUUAAUGAGAAAAAGGUUACAAAACGAGUCACAUAGAGAUCACAUAUCCUAUGAAUAUAAUAAGGAAGUACUUUCUGUAUUAAGAAAAAGGCUGCGCUGUGGGGUGUAUGGCAUUAGUUUUACUGAACGGAGACCUACAAAAGAUUUGGAUUAG